GAUCAUUUCCGUUAUGCUUGUGCUUGUGCUUGUGCUUAAGUCGUAGUGAAAACCAGGUUUAACGUCUUCAGUAUUCGACCGUCGUGAAGAGAAUGUGAAGGAGUCUGAUCUCCUGGCAUGUGGCCAUGACGUCUUCUUCACAAAGGAAAUGUGGCGAGCUUCAUCCAACCUCUGGCAAAUUAUGCGUAACAAUACUAGCAUCAGAAUGGAGAUCAACUAAAGGCGGACUCUCCACCUUAAACAGAGAAUUAGCCAUAGAGUUGGCUAAAUGUCCUGAGGUGGAAAUCUCUUUGUUUGUUCCACAGUGCAGCGAAGAAGACAAGAGAACGGCCCUUGGUCACCACAUUAAACUUGUUAAAGCAACACGACGGCCUGGUUUUGAGGGACUAGAAUUGCUCAGCUUUCCGCCAAAUCAUUUGCAAAUUGAUGUCAUCGUUGGUCAUGGGGUGAAGCUUGGUCACCAAGCACAAAUAAUAAGGGAGUCUCACAAAUGUAAGUGGAUUCAAGUUGUCCACACAGACCCAGAGGAACUGGGAAUGUAUAAGUCCUACCAAAAUCCGAUUUCCACGGGCGAGAAGAAGCACAAAGUAGAAGUGGAACUUUGCGAAAAGGCUGACUUCGUUGUGGGAGUUGGGCCGAAGUUGUGCGAGGCCUUUCGCAGAUAUCUUCGCUGGUGUAAGAAAGAUGAAAUAACUGUAAAAAUUUUAUAA